AUGGAUCCAUUACCAAAAAUUCGAUCACUAUUAAACGAUAAAACGACUAGUGACUUAAUAAUUCGUAUUGAUGGAAAAAUUUAUUACGCGCAUAAAAUUAUUCUUUUAUUAAAAUCUGAAUAUUUUUGUAAAAUUUUUUCUGAAUAUAAAGGUAAAUACUUUGAUUUCAGUUGUUCUAAAAAAUCUGUUUAUAGUGUGUGGCAUGAAUAUAAUAAAGAUGCUACCGAAACGGGAGAAAAUGGUGAAACUAGUAAAAAUUUUUCGAUGAAAUGUGAUCAAAAAAAUGUUGAAAUUUAUUAUGAUUAUGAAAUUUUUGGUCAGUUUUUAGC